AUGCGUUUCACUCAGACAAUCUUCGCCGUCGCAGCUCUUUCUGCCAUCGGCUUUGCUGAUGACAACGGCCCCUGCGACGACCAGAAUGACAAUGGCGUCACCUGCGUGAACGGCACACCUGUCAGCAGCAAUGGCGUCGCACUCGACACAAACACUGUUACCGACUCCGCAGCCGCCUCAACUUCUACUGGCAACUCUCGCCUCUCGGUCAUCACAUCAACUGAUACCAACAUCCUGGUCUCGACGACCAGAAAUGUUGUUUUGGAUACUACCUCGCUUCCUCACUCCCUCGAUACACGCACAUCGACCUACCUGAACACUGUCGUCCAGACUCUCGACUCUGCUUACACCACCAACACCUUGAACACCAACACUGUCACUGCGACUUCCAGAGUUGGAGGUGAUGCAGUCACCACUACUGCUUCGACCAACACUAUCACCACCGGCACUGCUGCUUCAUCGAGCUCUACCUCUUCGGGCGCUGCUGGGGCUCUCCAGACUGCGGGAAACGUUGCUUCCUUUGGUGUCGCCAUUGCCGCUCUUGGUUUCGCUGCUGCUCUCUAA